AUGGCCACUGUUCAGAUGGCCAAAGACUGGAAUGCUACUUACCCACAAGUGGGGGACACCGGUGCCGAUGCUCCGGCCGGUUAUAUAACCUUGUGGGCGGAUUUUUUCACCCACGGUAACCUUAGGUUGCCGGUGACGGUGUUUGUGGCGGAGGUAUUGGAGUAUUAUCACCUCCAUAUCUCCCAGCUUAGUCCUUUUGGAAUGUUCCGAAUUCGGAAUUUUGAGUACACAUUCCGUGCCCAUGGCCUGCCCAUUUCAGUGGAGAAUUUCCGGCGUUUCUACCAGUUGACGGUGAACACCGGUUUUUUCUCGUUCACUCAAAGGAACGUCGAUGUUGGAGUUUCCGAUGAAGAUAUUCCUGUUGCGUCCGCAAAGACCGCGGACUGGUUCUCUAGGCUGCGGCCUAUUGAACUCAAGAAGUUGGAUAAUGACCAACUAUGGAUAUUGCGGAUGAUGCUCUCUAGACCGGAUAGGAAGGAAAGACCCGUGUUGCGGGAACAGGGUGGUGCGGAUGCGGUUGGCUUGUGGAGGAUGUUUGAGCCUGAUUUCAAGGGCCAGGUUGAACUGAUCGCGGUUGAGCUGAAGCAAGGUUUCAACCUUGAAAUUCUGAAGAACUUCCGCGUACCAUCAAAAGCGGUGCUGGAAGCCCCGGUUCCGGGAGACGCAAGAGGUGUCCUUGCGGAUUUGGGGAAGUUUGAGAAACGCGUCCCCAAAAAGACUGUGGAGAAGAAAACGGUAAAAAAGACCGUGCGGGGUCAUGGUAAGGGGAGUGUUGAAGGCUCAGCUGCCCCUUCUUCCGUUUUCGAAGCCGCAGAAUCCCGAGAUGCGGGGUAUUCUUUUGUUGACAUUCCUGCGUCUCCUCCGCACACCGCUGCCGCGGGUGCGGGUGUUUUGAAGGAGAAGGUCGCGCCUAAGGAGCCUGCGGCCCCUUUUGCUGGGCCAGUUCGUGAUCCCCCUUUGGAGAAGACAGUGGAGGCGACUGCUGACCGGAUUUUUGACACUGUGGACUCCUCGGACAAUCUGAUCUCUCCUGAUGAGGGUGACGGAUUGAACUUGAGGUUUGCAGAUGCCGGUAAGCAGAAGUCUGAUGCUGAGGUGCGGCAGCAGGAUGCUGAGCCGCAGAAGUCUCCUGCUGGGGAGAAAGGUAGCGGCUCGUCUGCCGGUGGUGCGGGUUAUGACGGGCCUCCAAUUCAGCCUGGAGAGUCUGAAUUGGAGUAUUAUUACCGCACCUACUCCCCGGGUCGCAGUAUGGUGUACCACCGACCCCCCUGGACUGUUAUGCAGGGGGAUGAUAUUUCUAACGACCCUGCGGCAUGUAGGGAGAUUUUGGGUGGUCUGGGGACCCCGUUUGAAGUCGAGCGUGCCCGUGCCGCGCCCCGAGAGCUGCGUAUUAACCAGCUUUCAUCGAUGCUGGUGGGGACUUCCAUUGUGGCUAAUGCCAUUUUGGAAGAUUAUAAGGUGCUGGGCCGCCGCGAGGAGGAGGCUGCUCGUAUGCGGGCGGAAGCUGAGAAGUUGAUCGAGGCUGCUCGUGCGGGUGCGGAGCAGCUCGAGAAGGAUAAAGCUGCUUUUGAGAAGCAGAAGCAGACUUCGGAAUGGGCUGCCGCUGCCCAGCUAAAACAGGUGCGUUCCCUUGCUAAACUCCUUGCUGAUGAGCGUAAGCGUUGGGAGGAAAUUUCAUCCAACGAGCGCAAGAAGUGGAACGAAUCUUGGGCUAAGCAGAACAAUCUUCUGUUUCAUACUCGGCAGGAGCUAGCAAACGCCAAGGCGGCGAAUGCUACUUUGAGUCAAGAGAAGGCUGCGGCUGAGGCCAUUUCUGUGAAGGCGCUGCAGGCGAAGGCCGACGCCUUGAAGGCCCUUGAAGAGGCUAAAGAAGCCGGGGCUCGUGCCUCAAAGGCCUAUGAAGAGGCCGCAGAGAAGGAGAGCCGUGCUUCUAAGGCUCUUGAAGAGGCGAAUGCGGAGCGCAUUCGUUUAGGCAAAGUUGUUGAAAGCCUGCAGGCUGAGGUGCAGGCGCGGGAGGUCGCGGUUACGGACCUUACUGCCCGCGUGUCUGCUGCGGAGCAGCGGGCCGACGCUGCUACUGAGGCCAAGGAUGCCUUGGCGGUUAUACUGAUCAGGCAUCCGGGUUCCGGGAUGUAG